GCUAUCGCAAAGAUUGCGGACAAUUUAGGCUCAAACAUGUGGAACUCCCAAACCCGCUAUGGAAGUACAAUUAAAACAGCCAUAGAUUUCCUUAUGACUCUUGAUCCCGGUCAAGAAGAUCCUCGCCCUGCGUUUCCACUUGUGGCCGCUGCUAUGGCCAUCUAUGGUGAUGAUGACAAGGGAUCUUAUCGCAAGUUCUUAGAGGCCGGCGACGAGGAACAAGACAAAUCUAGCAGUCAAAGUAGAAAUCCAUCAUACAAGUCAAAGUCAUGGUGGUUCUAUAAUGAGCCGAGUGCAUUCAGAUUCUCCUUUCAUGGCAGGAGACGAGAUCUCCAGCCGUACACAGAUGCGGAACAAAUUGUCUAUGACCUCGAAUACCCUCUCAAUCACCCUUGGAGGUCCUUAAAGUCAGAUUUAUACUCAUUUUUGAGCCAAAAUCCUUCUACAAACCCUCAGGAGGCUAGUAGCUUCAGGUCAAUCGGAAAUCCUCAAGAUUUCCCGUUAAUGUUUGAUCAGGAAAAUUCAGGAUCACAAGAUACAAGGAAAAGUGGUCCUCCCAACGAUCCACUAUUGGAUGAAUAUAAUUACUUGAUUUCCUAUCAACCUCAAGUUUUGCACCCGGAUAGACCCGGCCCUUUCACUGCCAGCGAUGCCGUCGAACUUGAUGUUGGAAUAUUCGUCUUUUGGGAGCAAAUCAGACAUCUUUAUGAACA